CUGACUGAGCCACUCUAUCCGGUUAGACCGGAUCCCAAAUCACUAACACCCUAUACUGCUAUAAAAGAAUUUCUAUCCAGAUUAAAUCAUGCUUUCACAUUACUUGUGAAGAUUACCCUUUGACAACAUAAUCUUUCAUAGCUACUUUUUCGGGGAAAAAAUUAUUAUUUUAAUAUUUGGCCUUUUUAGAAAAUACUUUUUCGGGGAAGAUUACCCUAUACUGCUAUAACAUUAAUGCUAAUAGCGGGUUAAGCUGCUUACGUAGAAAGCAUAAUUUCCAAGGUGAGAAGCAAAACAAGGAGACCAUAAAACGCAGGAAAUGCCCCGAGCUUUCGAGAAAUUAGAUGAGCCAAGUUUCACUCUCAUGGACCCUUCAAACCUUUCGCCAUCUAUUGAAAGCCAGCAUUUCCAACAGAGACCUUCAAACAGGCAAAGCCCUUCAUGCACUAUACCUCAAAUCUCUAAUCCCUUUCUCAACCUAUCUCUCCAACCACUUCAUCAUCCUCUACUCCAAAUGCAACCGCCUAUCCGCUGCCCACCAUGCCUUCAACCAGACCCACCAACCUAAUGUCUUCUCUUUCAAUGUUCUCCUUGAUGCCUAUGCGAAAAAUUCACUCACUCAUAUUGCCCACCGCCUGUUUGAUCAAAUUCCCCAACGAGAUGUUGUCUCUUAUAAUACUCUCAUCACUGCUUAUGCAGAUUGCGGGAAUAUUUUACCCGCCUUAAGCUUGUUUAGGGAGAUGAGCGAGGUGGGUCUUGACGUGAAUGGGUUCACACUCUCUGGAGUGAUCAGUGCUUGUUGUAAUGAUGUGAAUUUGAUCAAACAGUUGCAUUCUUUAGCUAUUUCUGCUGGACUUGAUUCUUAUGUUUCAGUGAACAAUUCGCUGGUUACUUGUUAUGGCAAAAAUGGGCUGUUGGAGGAGGCGGAAAGAAUAUUCUACGAUAUGGGAGAAGAGAAUAGAGAUAAGGUUUCUUGGAACACUAUGAUUGUGGCAUACGGGCAGCACAGGCAGGGGCUUAAAGCGCUGGCAUUUUUUCAAGAAAUGAUUCGCAGGGGCUUUGAGGUUGAUAUUUUUACGCAGGCAAGUGUUUUGACAGCGUUUACAUGCUUAGAGGACUUAUUUGGGGGAUUGCAGUUUCAUGCUAAGUUGAUUAAAACAGGGUUUUAUCAGAAUUGUCAUGUGGGGAGUGGUUUGAUCGACUUGUAUGCUAAGUGUGGGGGUAGUAUGUUAGACUGUAGGAAAAUAUUUGAAGAGAUCUCUGCACCAGACUCAGUUCUUUGGAACACAAUGAUUUCUGGCUAUUCACUAGAUGAAGAAUUAUGUGAGGACGCUCUUGAUUGUUUUAGACAGAUGCAGCGUGCUGGUUAUAAGCCAGAUGAUUGUAGCUUUGUGUGUGUGAUCAGGGCAUGCUCUAAUUUGUCAUCUCCUUCUCAGGGAAAACAGAUUCAUGCACUGGCAAUGAAAUCUAAAAUCCCUUCAAAUCAAAUUUCUGUGGAUAAUGCUUUUGUUGCUAUGUAUUCAAAGUCUGGAAAUCUUCAAGACGCAAGACGUUUAUUUGAUAGGAUGCCAGAGCAUAAUGUGGUAUCACUAAAUUCAAUUCUUGCAGGCUAUGCACAACAUGGAAAUGGGAUGGAAUCAUUGCUCCUUUUUGAACAGAUGCUUGAGAAUGGCGUUGCCCCUACAAGAAUAACCUUUAUUUCUGUUCUUUCUGCUUGUGCACACACCGGAAAGGUUGAGGAAGGCAAGAGGUACUUCAAUAUGAUGAAAGAGAAGUUUGGUAUUGAACCAGAAUCAGAACAUUAUUCAUGCAUGAUUGAUCUUUUGGGUCGAGCUGGAAAGCUCCGUGAAGCAGAAGAACUAAUUGAGACAAUGCCAUUUAGCCCUGGCUCCAUUGGUUGGGCUGCAUUACUUGGUGCCUGCAGAAAACAUGGAAAUAUGGAGCUAGCUGAGAAGGCAGCAAAUGAGUUAUUGCAGCUGGAACCUACAAAUGCCACACCUUAUGUCUUGCUUGCUAAUAUGUAUUGCAAUGCUGGAAAAUGGGAAGAGGUAACUAGAGUUAGAAAGCUUAUGCGAGCUAGGGGUGUUAAGAAGAAACCAGGCUGUAGUUGGAUUGAGUUAAACAAUAGGAUACAUGUGUUUGUUGCUGAAGAUAGAUAUCAUCCAAUGAUAAAAGAAAUUUAUGGGUACUUGGAGGACAUGUCAAUGAAGAUGAAGCAAGCUGGGUAUGUGCCUGAUGUGAGAUGGGCUUUGGUCAAGGAUGAUGAGACAGGGGAAGAAGAGAGGGAGUUCAAGAUAGGCCAUCACAGUGAGAAACUAGCAGUGGCAUUUGGACUGCUGUCAACAAAAGAUGGAGAGCCAAUACUCGUGAUGAAAAACCUCAGGAUAUGUGGGGAUUGCCACAACGCAAUCAAAUUUAUCUCUGCAAUUUGUGGUAGAACAAUUACUGUCAGGGAUACUCACAGAUUUCAUUGCUUCAUGGAAGGACAGUGCUCUUGUGGCGAUUUUUGGUGAUAAUAGUGGACAAUGUAAAUGUUAUCAGAAUUUCAAGGAUGUAUUUCUCUGCCGACAAUCAAAAUGAGAUUUAAAUAUUCAGCAGCUUGCUUGUAGAAUUCCUAAUAUCAUUUUCAUGCAUGUGAAAAGGGAUGGGAACAAAGAGGCGCAUUCACUAGUUUGAUUCUGAUCUCAAAUUGAGCUUAUCAACUUCCAGUCCAAUUUUGAAGGGGCCUUCCACGCACCCCCAAUGCACCACUGAUAUUGUUUGCUGUGCUAAAAGAAUGAAUGCAUAAACUUAGCUGUAAAUCUAAAAUUAUUAAACUCAUUCUCUUAUAAAGUUAAGUUUAUAAGUAAUCGCAAA